AUGAAAAUAUUACACGAAAAGUUAAAGGCAGAAAUAAAUUAUCCAGGUGCAAUUACGUCAUUAAGAAAAGAAGUAUCUCUAUUAGGAUUCAAGUGGAAAAGGACAGAAAAUAAUCGCAGAAUCCUUAUGGAGAAACAUGAAAUACGAUAUCUUCGAAUAAUGUUUCUCAUUAAAAUUCCUGAAUAUCGCGCCCAGGGCCGCCCAAUCGUUUAUACCGACGAAACAUAUAUAUACACGUCUCACACUUCGUCGAAAUCUUAUUCAGAUGGAAGCACCUCUGGUUUAAAGAAACCAAUUUCUAAGGGAAAUCGGUUAAUAAUAGUUCAUGCCGGCGGAGAGGACGGUUUCAUACCGAAUGCCCUACUCAUGUUCAAGGCAAACCAAAAAAGUGGUGAUUAUCAUUAUAAUAUGAACACCGAGAAUUACACAAAAUGGUUGCAAACGCAGCUAAUUCCAAAUUUAAAACCGAAUAGUGUUGUGGUGGUUAACAAUGCAUCAUACCACGAUUCGUUUCAAAAUCCCGCGCCCAAUUCAAACCAUCGUAAACAAGCUAUGAUUGAUUGGUUCAAAUAUCGAAAUAUCAAUCACUCUGGAUCGAUGCUUAAACCACAACUUUAUCAGUUGUUACUACAAAACAAAGCAAGAUUUGUUGAAUAUAAAAUUGAUAAUUUGCUCCAAGAACAUGGUCACAGCGUUCUACGUCUACCACCCUACCACCCUGAUUUCAAUCCUAUUGAAAAUAUAUGGGCAAUGGUAAAAGGAUACGUAGCUAAAAAAAAACGUGUCAAUGAAUAUGGACACUAUAAUGAGAUUAACAAAGGAAAAAGUUGA